CCGCACCGGGGCCACCAUGGCCUCCAUCGGCAACUUCUUCCGACGGAGCCUGCGGCGCAGCGGCCGUAAAGGAGGGCCAGAGGAGAGCUGUGGAGCAGAGAAGCAGCCCUGCAGGGCGCCCCAGGGCAAGGCAGGGGAGCGCAGCUCCCUCCUCGCUGCUGCUGGGCAGUUCUUCUUCGAGUACCUGGUGGUGGUGUCCCUGAAGAAGACCCCAGAUGGCCUUUAUGAACCCAAGAUAAGCUACCAGUUCCCAAAGCGCGAGCACCUGCUGCGGGGGCAGCGCGAGGAGGAGGAGCGACUGCUGCAGGCCAUUCCCCUCUUCUGCUUCCCUGAUGGCAGCUCCUCUGCCCCAGCCUGCGACUUCAGAAGUGAAACCUUCUCCUUCGUGCUGACCAACGCCGAUGGCAGCAGGAAGAUUGGCUACUGCCGGCGGCUGCUGCCCUCUGGCCGUGGGGUUCGCCUCCCUGAGGUCUUCUGCAUCAUCAGCUGCCUGGGCUGCUUUGGGCUCUUCUCCAAGAUCCUGGACGAGGUGGAGAAGAGGAGGCAGAUCUCCAUGGCUGUGAUUUACCCUUUCAUGCAGGGCCUGAGGGAAGCUCCCUUCCCAGCCCCAGGCAAGACUGUCACCAUCAAAAGCUUCAUCCCUGACUCGGGCACAGAGCUCAUCGAGCUGACCCGGCCUCUGGAUGCCCACCUGGAGCAUGUGGAGUUCCAGGCUCUGCUCCAGAGGCUCAGCCCCAGCCUCAUCCUGCACAUCUUUGCCUCUGCUGUGCUGGAGAGGAGGUUGAUCUUCCUGGCCCAGGAGCUGAGUGUGCUGUCCCAGUGCAUCCAUGCAGUUGCUGCUCUGCUCUACCCCUUCACCUGGGCUCACACCUACAUCCCUGUGGUCCCUGAGUGCCUGCUGGACACUGUCUGCUGCCCCACGCCCUUCAUGGUUGGCAUCCAGAUGAGGCACCUGGAGAGGGUCCUGGAGCAGCCAAUGGAGGAGGCUCUGAUAGUUGACCUCUGUGAGGGGAAGAUCAUCAGGGCGCUUGGUGAUGAGGAGGAGAUCCUGCCCAGCAAGCUGCAGAGCGAGAUGCUGAGCUCUCUGAGCAGGCACAACAACAACAACAAUGAGCACACUCCUGAGCAGCUGAACACUUUGGUGUCUGAGGCCUUUGUGCAGUUCUUUGUCCGUGUGGUUGGCCACUACCCCUCACACAUCAAGUGGAGCAGGGGGGGCUCAGGCAGCUUCCAGGAGCGACCCUUCUGCAAGGCCCUGGGCUCCAAGGCCGCCCGCAGGUUCCUCAAGAGGUUUGUGAAGACCAACAUGUUCUGCCUCUUCAUCCAGGAGGCAGAGAGGAGCAGGAUCCCACAGGAAGCAUACUUCCAGAGGAAGAUAGCAGAGUACCAGGAGCAGAAGAAGCACCGAAGGGACUCCUGAAGCCCG